AUGACGACUGCCAAUAACACGGCGGAAGUUGUUAGAAUGGAAGAGAAGAUGGCAGCGCCAGAGAAAAACUUGACCUUUGCACUGCCAGAUCUUUCGGCACUUACGGAGGCCGAAAAACUCCAGGUCAUGGCAGUGAUGCAACGUGCCAAGGAAUUUGACACUGUAGAAGAACGAAAACGACGGCAACCUAUGGAGGGUCAGCUCUGUAAAUAUACAAAUGUGAUGAAAGGUUGGCAAUACCGAUGGUUCUCCCUUGAUCCUGACUCAGGAUCAUUAGAAUACUUUGAGAAAGAAGAACACAAGAAACAGAGGCCAAGGGGUGCCUUACAUUUAGCUGGUGCAGUCAUUAGUCCCUCUGAUGAAGACUCUCAAACAUUCACUGUACAUGCUGCUAAUGGAGAAUUGUAUCGAUUGAGAGCUGCAGAUGCACGUGGACGUCAACACUGGGUAGAUAAGUUACGAGCUACAGCCGAGUACCACACCGCCAACUUAGCUCAAAAUGCACCUGCCGUACAAACAAGGCAUGCCGAACUUAUAUCUUCAGCUAUCAGCAAUGACCAUGUGCCAUCAAUAAGGAAGUCUUCUGGGGAUUUAUCAGCCAACAACAGGAGACUUACUAAUUCUACAGAAUCAUUACCAACCAUAGUAACAAUGAGAUCACAAUAUAAAGUUCCUGUGGCUCAAACAGUUACUGUGGAUCCAUUCAAAGAAGUUAAGGAGUACUUAUUCCAGGCUAGUGAAUACUCCAACAACUUAAAAGAUAAAAUAGGUGAACUUCCCCAAUCUGGUCAGUAUAUCAAUGGAAUUGAUAAGGACCUACUACUUCUCAAAGCCACGUCUACUUCAACUGUAUAUUGUCUUCAAGAUUGCCUUAAUAUUCUUCAGAUGCGGCAGAAUGCCUUGAGUCGUAGUGCACCAAAUGCUUCAUCUUCAUCAUCAACUUGGUAUGACCAACAGCAUCCACAGCCAUUACAUCCAUCAGUGGGUAAACAGUCUUCCACAGAGCAGCAGCAACAACAAAGAGAAGUAAAUUCCGAACCAUCAACAGAACAACAGACACUUUCAGAACCAGAACAACAGCAACAAGCAGAAGUGCAAGAAGAACAGCAGCCAACAUCAACCCACAUCAAUCCUCACUCUGACUCAUUAACAGCAGAUGAACCAUCACCAUGUGAAAGUUAUACAUCUACAACAUCCCUGCCUUAUCCCAAUCCUGCUACUGCUGGUAUCAUGGACAAAUGUGAUGAGCCCAUUGAUCAUUCCAAAGAUGUUGAAGAUGAAGAGGAAUACAAAGACACAGAACUUGGUGCAGUUGAUGAGCACAAAAGUAUCAUAUUGCAUUUGUUGUCCCAACUCAAGUUGGGAAUGGACUUAACAAAGGUGGUUUUACCCACUUUUAUUUUGGAAAAGCGUUCAUUGUUGGAAAUGUUUGCUGACUGUAUGGCACAUCCACUGCUGUUUUUGUCAAUACCUGAGCUUGAAACUCCAGAACAAAGAAUGCUGGCAGUUGUUGAAUGGUAUCUAACAUCUUUCCAUGCAGGGAGGCAGGGAUCUGUGGCUAAAAAGCCUUACAAUCCUAUCAGAGGAGAAGCUUUCCACUGUUCCUGGCGUAUACCCAGACAAGAGACAUACCCUCCAUCACCAGAACACCCCAAAACAGAAAAUGGUGCAAAUGGUUGUACAGAUGACAACUGUUUGCUAACUUAUUGUGCUGAACAAGUUUCCCAUCAUCCACCAAUUUCAGCCUUUUAUUUUGAAUGCCCUGAAAAAGACAUUUAUAUGAAUGCAUCAAUAUGGACCAAAUCCAAAUUUAUGGGCAUGUCAAUUGGUGUUGUGAUGGUUGGUAAAAUUAGUUUAAAUUUGCUGAAGCAUGAUGAAGAAUAUGUAUUUGGUUUACCGAGUGCCUAUGCUAGAUCCAUCCUUACAGUCCCCUGGGUGGAGCUGGGUGACAAGAUCUAUAUUACCUGCCAAAAGUCUGGCUAUUCUGCUGCUAUAACAUUCCACACAAAGCCUUUCUAUGGUGGUAAGUUGCAUCGGGUAACAGCUGAGGUGAAAAAUAACAACACAGCCAAUAUUAUAUGCAAAGUACAAGGAGAAUGGAAUAGUUUCUUUGAGUUCACAUAUGAAAAUGGUGAAACAAAAGUUAUUGAUGUGAGCAACCUUGAAAUAAUGCGUAAAUCUGUCCGCCCAAUUUCUUCACAAGGAGAAUUUGAAUCUAGGAAACUGUGGCGUCAUGUCACUAAUGCUCUUAGGUUAGGAGAUGUGAAUAUUGCCACAGAACAUAAGAAAUUUUUGGAAGAUCGCCAAAGAGAAGGUGAACGACUGAGAAAGGAAACCAAUACAGCAUUUCCUACAAAAUUUUUUCACCAAGAUGGUGAGGACUGGGUCUACACAAAAAAGCGAGCAAUAAAUCUGCUCUUUUCAUCUCUUCCUCCUAUUCCUUGUCUUUCCCUUUUUCUCCUACCUCCUCAUUUACCUUUCUUCAAUCAAACCUUUAACUGUUUUCACUAUUGUCUUCACAUCUCUUCUUUUUUUUUUUCUCUCUACCUUUUUGUUUUUCCUCUCACUUCCUAUUUAUUUUCUUCCUUUAUUUGCACCCUCUUCCUUCUCUCCUACUUAAUAAUACAAACUUUAAAAUUGAUCCUCUUCUUCCAUCUUUUUUUCUUGUAUUACGGCUUUUCUUUUUCAUUUUUUUUUUCUAUCUACUCUCUUCCCUUUUAUUUUUCCUUCUUCUUUCUUCCCAGUUUCCAUAUUUCUCAUACCUUUUUCAACAAUAACUAA